UCUUUUGUCCCAUUUAUAUAAAAUCCACCGCCCGAGGCUUAACGUUCGCGUCUUCUUCUUUCUUCUUCUUCGCCUUCUCUCUGAGUCGAACUCGCUCCGAUCGACUGAGCUAACUCGCUCGCCUCUGUAAUGAUCAUUUCCUCUUCAUUGGACUAAAAAGUGUGUUGUAUAAUGGCUCGUUCCGGGAAACAAUGGCCGGAGCGACGGUGAGAGAGUUACUAUUUUUCCGGCGAUCAAUACUCGGCGGCGGAGAUGUUUAAGUCAGCGAGAUGGCGAAGCGAGAAGAAUCGGAUCAAAGUUGUUUUCAGAUUGAAGUUUCAUGCGACUCAGGCGUCACAGUUCAAUACAGAGGGAUUGAUUCUGUCUCUAGUUCCCGGAGAUAUUGGAAAACCGACGGCGAGGUCAGAGAAAGCUAUAGUGAACGACGGACAUUGCCGAUGGGACAUUCCGGUUUACGAGACUGUGAAAUUUCUCAAAGAUGUAAAAACUGGAAAAGUUAAUCAGAGAAUUUAUCAUCUCAUUGUAUCAACUACGGGAUCUACAAGAGGUGGUUUGGUUGGAGAAACAUCAAUUGAUUUUGCUGAUUAUGUAGAUGCAACUAAAACUUGCAAUGUUUCUCUUCCAUUACAGAACUCAAGCUCUAAAGCUUUGUUGCAUGUAUCAAUACAAAGGCAAUUACAAUUUGCUGAUCCUCAAAGAGAGGUGGAUGAAUGUGAAACUCUGGGGAAAAUGUCACAGGGUCAAGAUUUGAAGUCACAUUUCAGCAUUGAUGAUGCAGAUGAAACUCGUAAAAGCGAUUUGCAUGAGGAAGGACCCUUUGGUAAAGCUGCGCGGUUUGCGGAACUGAGACGAAGAGCAUCGAUUGAAUCUGAUAGUACUAUUUCAAGCUCUGGAAGUGUCAUUGAGCCAAAUACACCUGAAGAAGUUGUCAAGCCUUUGAGACAUCCCACUAAGCAUCUUCAUUCAGCUAAAAAUCUGUUUGAAGAGCCUCGUAUAUCGGAAUCCGAGUGGUCCGGAAGUUCUGAUCAUGGUAUCAGCAGCACUGAUGACUCGACCAAUAGUACGAAUGAGACUAUCGCAAGGGACGCCUCGAAUAACUCCUCGGAUGAGGAUGAGAUGGAGAAGCUUAAGAACGAGCUUGCUGGUUUGGCGAGGCAAGCAGAUCUUUCGGAGCUAGAACUGCAAAGCCUGAGAAAACAAAUUGUUAAAGAGACUAAAAGAAGUCAAGAUCUUCUCAGGGAAGUGAAUAGCUUGAAGCAAGAGAGAGAUUCGUUGAAGGAAGAUUGUGAGAGACAUAAAGUAUCUGACAAGCAGAACGGAGAGACUAAAAUGAGGAACAGGUUGCAGUUUGAAGGAAGGGAUCCAUGGGUUCUUUUGGAGGAAACAAGAGAGGAACUUGAUUAUGAGAAGGAUCGGAAUUUCAAUCUCCGGUUACAGCUCCAGAAGACGCAAGAAUCAAACUCCGAAUUGAUUCUUGCUGUUCAAGAUCUUGAAGAAAUGCUGGAGGAAAGGAGUAAGGAAGGAGCUGAUCUUCCUCCUAGAACAAGGGCCUCUGUCAACAUUGAAGAAUCAAUGAGAAGGUCUUGUAGAAGUGAGACAGAUGAAGAUGAGGAUCAAAAAGCACUUGAGAACCUUGUGAAGAAACACGUGGAUGCGAAAGAUACACACGUCUUGGAGCAGAAGAUCACAGAUCUCUAUAAUGAGAUUGAGAUCUAUAAACGUGAUAAAGAUGAGCUUGAGGUACAGAUGGAACAGCUUGCUUUGGAUUAUGAGAUACUGAAACAGGAAAAUCAUGAUAUCUCUUACAAGCUAGAGCAGAGCCAACUGCAAGAACAGUUGAAGAUACAAUACGAAUGUUCAUCGUCGCUUGUGGAUGUGACCGAGCUUGAAAACCAAGUAGAGAGUCGUGAAGCUGAGCUCAAGAAACAAUCUGAAGAGUUUUCAGAGUCUUUGUGCCGGAUUAAAGAACUUGAAACACAAAUGAAGACCUUGGAAGAAGAGAUGGAGAAACAGGCUCGGGUAUUCGAGGCAGACAUUGAUGCUGUCACACGAGCUAAAGUGGAGCAAGAGCAAAGAGCUAUCCAAGCCGAAGAAACUCUAAGGAAAACAAGGUGGAAAAACGCUAGUGUAGCCGGAAAACUACAGGAUGAAUUUAAGAGACUCUCUGAGCAGAUGGAUUCAAUGUUUACAUCAAAUGAGAAAAUAGCUAUGAAGGCGAUGACAGAAGCUAACGAAUUACGAAUGCAGAAACGUCAACUAGAAGAAAUGCUCAAGAACGCUAAUGAUGAGCUCCGAGCAAACCAAGCCGAGUACGAGGCCAAGCUCCACGAGCUUUCUGAAAAGCUGAGUUUCAAAACCAGUCAGAUGGAGGGAAUGUUAGAGAAUCUUGAUGAGAAAUCCAAAGAUAUAGAGAAUCAGAAGAGGCAUGAAGAAGAUGUUACUGCAAAUUUAAAUCAAGAGAUCAAAAUCCUGAAGGACGAGAUUGAGAAUCUGAAAAAGAACCAAAAUAGUCUCAUGUUACAGGCAGAGCAAGCAGAGAACCUGAGAGUUGAUUUGGAAAAGACGAAAAAAUCGGUUAUGGAAGCCGAAGCUUCAGUACAGAGAGAGAACAUGACGAAAAUUGAGCUAGAGAGCAAUAUCUCACUAAUGAGGAAAGAGUCAGAGUCUCUAGCAGCGGAGUUGCAAGCGGUGAAGCUUGCCAAAGAUGAAAAAGAAACAGCAAUUUCAAACUUACAAUCAGAGCUAGAAACCGUAAGAGCUCAGUGCGAUGAUCUAAAGCAUUCUUUAUCUGUGAAUGAUUUGGAGAUGGAGAAGCACAAGAAGCAAGUGGCACAAGUAAAAGGUGAGUUGAAGAAGAAAGAAGAAGCAAUGACUAAUCUUGAGAAGAAACUGAAGGAAAGCAGAACCGCGAUUAACAACUUAACGAAAACCGCGCAAAGAAACAACAACAACAAAGGAAGUCCAGUAGGAGCUCAUGGUGGAUCUAAAGAAGUUGCGGUUAUGAAAGAUAAAUUAAAGCUUCUUGAGGGGCAAAUCAAACUUAAGGAAACUGCUCUUGAAUCUUCAUCAAAUAUGUUCAUCGAAAAGGAAAAGAAUCUGAAGAACAGAAUCGAGGAACUGGAAACUAAACUCGACCAACUCGAUCAAAAUAGCCAAGAGAAGAGUGAGGAUGAGCCUCUAAAUGGUCAAGAAAACGAAGAUAUUCGAGUUCUUGUAGCGGAAAUCACGUCUUUACGAGAGUGUAAUGGAUCGAUGGAGAUGGAGCUGAAGGAGAUGCGAGAGAGAUACUCAGAGAUAAGUUUGAGAUUUGCAGAAGUGGAAGGUGAGAGACAACAGCUUGUAAUGACAGUACGUAAUCUUAAAAACGCUAAGAGGAGCUAAAACCGGUAUAUAAUCAGAAACCGGUUAUCGUAUAUUGAUGAUUUCACAGUUACAUAAUUUGCUUUUUGUAAUAUACUGGAAAAAAAAACUUAAGAUGUGAUUACUUUGUUUU